UCCUUUGUAUUUUUGGUCAGUGCAUUGCCUCUGUCUCCUUUAAGGGACAUUAAGGCUUCAGCUAAAGUCACAUCAUGUCUACAGAUCCCACUCCACACCCAUCCUCCCAGGACAAUAAUGAAAGAAUCUGUCCAAAAACAAGCGAUUUCUACCGAGUGAGCAAGGACUUACCGGCUAAGUUCAAUCAUCCGGAGACGUGGCUGCGUGGGUACGGGUCUAAAGAAGGAAAUCCACUGUACAGAACCAGUAAUCAGACAUACGGACGCCGACCUCCCACCGUUCACGAAAUGCCGACAACUUUCAAUUCGAAAUCCAGUAAAUUCUCAGCGAUUGGUGCAAAAUGUGGAAUGUACAGGAAUAAUGGACUCAACACAAGUAUAGAACACAGUUAUGUGACGGGCCCGGACAAUCUAAUCACUGUACAUGACACGCUUAAUUUUCAUAGGAGCUACAACAUGAAAGGGCCUUCUAUGUGACCGAGAGACCACUGACACUCUUAAACUAUAUAUACUUAAUGAAUAAGUACUGCCUGACCAUCAAAAUAGAAUGUGUUUGUUUACUGUUUUCCUAUAUAUCUAUUGGCACUGCAGGAGAAAUAUCCAUUAGUAGUUAUUUAAGUAAAUAUAUGCAAAUAUGGAUAAAACAUGGAUAUAUUUCUGUUAGAAACAGAAGAGAAGCAGGUGUCAUUUUCCUGUUAUUAAAAUAUUUUAAGUAUAUUA